AUGUCCGUCCCAUUCCGUCGUGCAGUGUUAUCUGCUAUUUCCAGGGACAGUGCGACAGGCUGCCCUUGUCGCCAUGUCUCGCGCUCAAGGAAUUGGCGCAUACAAGAACAAGUGCGAUGUUUAAGCACCACCCCAAAUCUACAAUCAGGCCACUCCAAGUGGGCGACUAUUAAACACGACAAAGCUAAGAAUGAUGCUGGCAAAUCCAAGCAACGGUCUCUCAUGACCCGCGACAUUACCAACGCCGUCAAGCUCGCCGGCCCAAACCCCGACUUGAACCCCCGCCUCGCCCUCGCAAUCUCCACCGCGAAGAAGUCCGCCGUGCCAAAAGCCUCGAUAGAAGCCGCCAUAGCCCGUGGACAAGGUCUUUCUGCAUCAGGUGCCGCUCUCGAAAACCUUAUGCUGGAAGCCAUUCUACCACCCUCCAUUGCCACGAUAGUAGAAUGCCAGACAGACAACAAGCUGCGCACCCUAGCUGACCUUCGACUCCUCGUAAAAGAAGCCGGUGGCAGCGUCUCAACGGUUGCCUUCAUGUUUGAAAAGAAAGGACGGAUAAUAUUACGGAAGAAAGAUGGUGUGGGCGUAGAUGAGGUGCUGGAGCCAGCUCUAGAAGCUGGCGUGCUGGACGUAGACGAGGACGCCGAGGGUCGAGUCGUACUAUAUACGGAGCCUGCGUUGACAAACAAGACGGCCGAAAAGCUGGCAAAGGAGCUAGAUCUAGAGAUCGAGGAGAGCGAAAUUAUCUAUGACCCUAAUGAGGACACCAAGGUGCCCUUGGAGGAUGAGGGCGCGGCUAAAGAGUUGGGCAGCUUCUUGGAUGAGCUGCAAGAAGUGCAGGGUGUACAAGGAGUGUAUAUGAACUGGACAAAGGGUAGCAUAGGAGACGAUGUCUGGGAGGAGUUGAGAGGCAAGGUCACUGCGUGA